AUUUAGUCAGUACGCUAUGGUGAUGAUGGAAAGAAAUAAGUCCAGGACUAAAGAAUUUGCAGACUGCAACUUCUGUAAGAAGCCAGAAGGUGCUUCAAAACUGCAAGGAUGUCAACUCGUCUGGAGAAGAUGGUAAGACUACUAUGGCCUCAAAGCAACAAGAAACCACAAGAUGAAAUGAGAGCGGGUAAAGAGAAGAUCUUUUAUGGAAGCGAAGAAAACUUUAUAAGGAAUGGAGCAUGGGUACUUGAAGACAGCAUUUCCUUGUUUCAUGGUCGAACAAACCCUAUCCGCCACUUCUCAGUUGAUGAGCUCAACAACUUAAAUGUGGAAUAUGCUAGUAUUGGGUACUCUGGCUGGUACCGAGGUUUUUGGGAAGGGAGAAUUAUAUUAGUAAAGAUGAAUGGAUAUUAUAAUUAUAAUGAGAUUUCGCGUGAAAUUGUGGUUGCCACACAAAUGGCUACACAUAAUAAUGUCCACAAACUAUUAGGAUGUUGUCUUGAGACUAUAUCUCCUGUUCUUGUUUACGAGUGGGUGGCUGCCGAUACCCUUCAAGACCGUAUAUUACACAGAGAUGAGAACCAUUAUAAACUACCAGUAUUAGAGUGGAAGGACAGGUUAAGGGUUGCCUGGGAAAUCUCUCAUGCAGUUUCCUAUCUUCACACUGCUUUUCCUAGUCCCAUCGUCCAUAGAUACUUACAACCUGAUAAUAUUUUCUUGGAUCAGGAUAAUACUGCAAAGUUGUCCAACUUUAGUCUUUCUGUUGCUAUUCCCGAGGGUGAAGAAUUUGUGGUACAAGAUUUUAUAGUAGGUACUAAUGGCUAUAUGGCACCUGAAUAUCUUGAAGAUCGAAAAGUGGCGGAGUAUACAGAUGUGUAUUCGUUUGGUAUGCUUUUCCUUGUGCUCUUGACAGGAAAGCAUGCUACAUUUUGGACUACUAGCACGGGAGAGGGGAGAAUGUGGACUAAUUUAAUUGAAUGGGUAACCAAAGAAUUUCGGAAGGAGGGCAUAAGUGAGAUUGUAGAUCCUGCAAUCACUAAAAGUGGAGUUGCAAUCACAGAGCUGAGUUCAUCGAUAGAGCUUGCACUCAGGUGCACAGCAACCGAAGAAAACAGUAGGCCGACUAUGGUGGAAGUUGCGACUGAGCUCAACGACAUGAUUAGAUCCUCGAAAUCUAUCAUGAGCAUCAAUAGUGCUGUCUGAUUCAGAUGAAGUACUAUUGUUGAUUUUGUAUAUGUUUUCGAUUUUUCAAGGUGAUUAAUGGUGGAAUACCGUGAGCUAACGGGAUACAGUUUAUGAAAAAGCUCGAUAGAAGGUGAUUAAGAUUACUGGUGGGAAGAUACAAUCCCUGCCAAACACUUGCAGUGAACUCCAAACUGUUGGGCUUAUGGAUCCCUUCCUAUGUGGAGAAGCCGGUUUAUUUUCUGUGUUAUUUUUGGGGGCAAGCAAAUUGGUUCUUUAUUUCUUCAAAAAAAAACUGGUUGUUGGCCAAGAGAUGAAAGCUUCAUUGAGAAGCUUCUUGUGUUGACUUUUGAGGUAACUCACAUGCAUAUAAGGCAGCAAGUUAGCUUUCUUUGCUGUAUGAAUAAAAGUCAACUCUAAGGGAUUAAGUAAGAAAACAGGAAGUUCAAGAGUAGGCCCUCUUCACGAUUUUCUGGGCACAACAACCUCUGUUCGAAGGUUGUUCUUGGUAAGAUUUGGCUGAAAUUUUGGCAGCAUAUACAGGACAUCUUGGGGGCUACAUUUUUGACGGUGUAAUUGUUACUCGGUGCUCUGGUUAGUGAGAUAUUGCUGCUGUUCUGAACUCUGUUUUCUGGUGAUAUUUCUCACUCUUUCUUUUCUGUAAGAAGCUCUUUAUAAUUUUUUUGUGUUGGUUAAAUCAAGUACCUAUUGUAGACUUGGAAUUGGGUUUGUGUAACCUUCCUUUUAUCGCAAUAAGAGCAAUUGGGUGGAUUCCCUAGUUGACUCGUGGUUUUUACUCUCUGCAUCAAAGGGGUAUUCCAUGUAAAAAAAAUCCUCCUGUUUUUGCUUGAUCAUUUAUAUAGCCAAUUGCUUA